GCAGACUUGCUGACCAAGAAGGAGACCAGUCAAACUCCAUUGAGCUAGCACACCAUGUUCGAGACCAACUGACUGAUUGGGUUGAGAAAACUAUUCUUCAGUCAUCUGUUCGGUUGGAAAGGAAAUUGCGAAAAAACUUGGAGAGUCCUCAAGCUGCUGCUCAACAUGCCUAUGAAGAAAGUUUUGGAAAAGAAAAUUGGACUGAUGUCAUUGCCUAUUGCGAGAAUGCAUUUAAGUAUUUGCAACGUGUAUUUGAGAAACGAUUUGACUGCAUCGCUGAUGACAUGAAACUAAACGACUUGGCUGGUGUCAAGAAGCAAGUUGGUACUUGGGUUGAAACGUUAAAAAAAGUUACAAAAUUGUGGGAAAAAUCACCAGAACAUCAAAGUCAAAUUACUGAUAAAACGACAACAAAACAAUUUGUGGAAUUUGCUGCUUCACAUUUCCACUCAUGUAGAUCUAAUGUGGAUACUGUAUCCUCUUAUCAAAUGUUACAAACUUUGAUCCCUGACAAUGUUGAAAUUUCAGAUCCAAAGCUUUUCAUAAAAUUCUUCUUGGAAAAAGUAGAUACUCCCAACAUAUUGGAAAAAACUCUUUACGACCUUGCUGAACAAUGUAUGGAUAAAAAAACUGAAUCAAGCCAAAUCUGACGUGUGGAAAACAGCAAAAGGCUGUCCAGAAGUUUGUCCUUUCUGUAAUGCAAAAUGUUCUCUUGAAACAGAUCAUCUUACAUUUGACAAAAAGCAUGAAUGUGACAUUCAUAUUCUGGCUGCUCUCGGUGGAACUUCUAGGUUGCAACAAGAUGAUUAAGAAGUACCAUUAUUUAGCCGCUGUACGUGGGAGGAAUUUCUUAUGAGUCCA